ACUAGCAGUUCAGAUGAAUGUGUCAGAAAUCCUAUCUGUCUUGUCGUCCGUCUUUCAUUAGCUCAAUUCUAUGCAAUGGAAUGUGCCUAAACUUGCACUUUAAUCUUCCGCACACAGGAAUGGAUGGUAGGGGGUCACCAUGAGGUGAAAGGCUGACUUUCUGUCCAGUACUUACCGUGAGAAGAAUCAGGUUUAAAAUCACCAGCAUACGUCAUGAAAGGUUUCACCAGGACAUUGCAGUCAUGGAGAAACAGUAUCGGAGCAACUGGAAUCCCUCAAUACUGGCUGAUUAUUGUUGGACACUUAAGUGAGAAACCUCAGACACUGAGUAAAAAUUAUGAGCUCCCGAAAUUCUACCAGCCGUGGAUGGACAUUGCGAACAAUUUGCCUCGGUUGAUUGAACUUCAGCAGCUUCGUCACGAAGUGAAUAAAAUGGAGCUUCUGGACACACAUCUACUCAUUGGGCAUAAACAGCUGCGGCUGGCUCACCUGGCCUUGAGCUUCAUUACGAUGGGCUACGUGUGGCAGGAGGGAGAGCAAAACAGCGCAAAGGUGCUGCCCAAGAACCUUGUGGUGCCCUUUUGCAAAGUAUCUGAAAUCAUUGGACUGCCACCAAUCUUAGUUCAUGCUGACUGUGUUUUAUCAAAUUGGAAGAAAAAGGAUCCCAACAGGGGCAUGGAGUUAAGAAAUUUGGACACGAUCUUCACCUUACCUGGAGGAAGCAGCUUGAAGGGAUUUUUUCUGGUAACAUUACAGGUGGAAUUGGCAGCUGUACAAGGCAUCAAGGCUAUUGCCACAGCAACUGAAGCAGUUUGGAAGCAUGAAGAGGAUUCCAUUAAAAGUGCUUUGCAAGAUGUGGCUGCAUCGAUCAAAAAGAUGAACCAGGCCUUCAGGAAGAUGGAUGAGCAUGUCGACCCUGCUGUAUUUUAUGGAAUCAUUCGCCUCUUUCUGUCUGGGUGGAAGGAUAACCCAGCUGUUCCGGAUGGGCUGCUGUACGAGGGAGUGUGGGAGAAUCCAAGGCAAUUCUCAGGGGGAAGUGCAGCCCAAAGCUCGUCGCUCCAGUCCUUCGAUGAGUUUUUGGGAGUACGUCACAAAGAGCAAAGUGCGGCAUUCCUCCACCGGAUGAGGGAUUACAUGCCACCGGCACACAAGGCAUUUAUCCAAGCCAUUGCCUCAGGCCCAUCCGUGCGAGAGUACAUCAUCUUACACCAGAGCCCCAGUCUCCGAGACGGAUACAAUGAAUGCAUACAGGCCCUCGUUAGUCUCAGGAGCUACCACAUCACAGUGGUCACUCGGUACAUCACGAUCCUGGCCUCCGGAGCGAAAGCAAAGAAGGGCAAGAUCAGAUGCACGCCUGAUAUCUUACAGAAAGCUCCAACGUCCCUGGAAGAGCGGGGGACUGGCGGCUCGAUAAUUAUGUCUCUGCUGAAAAGUGCACGGGACGCGACUAAAGAAAUGAUGAUCAAAGAAAGAGAACAGCAGUGAUUGAAGAUAACUAUUGCUUGUGGUAACUCAGAAGGAUUAUUUACAGAUAUAGCUGUGCAAUGCUUGGUGCAAACACUGUGAAUUAUCAAGUACUUAGAAAAUACUAACUGCCAGUGAGUCUGGCUAACUUUCCAAUGAUUAAACUGAAACACUGUAUCACUUCUUGCAGCUACUUCAAAAGCUCGUUGUCUUGUCAUUGAAGAUAGUUAAAUCUAUUUCCUACCCUGUGAUCAUUCUUAAGUUUCCCGGAUGCUUUUCUUUGUUGCAUUGGAUGCAUUGCUCUUGCUCCAAUCAAUGCAAUGGGCAAAUUGCGAUCCAUAUGUCCUGCAUUGUCGCAAUUGCCUCCUUGCACUACUGCUCAGGACUGCAGCAGUCUGCUGCGGUUCCGUGCAUUCUGCCAGCACUGCUUGCUGGGCCGCUGCACAGAUCUGAGCGGCGACUUGACAUCCGACGGCAGAAUAUAAGGCCCGCCCAUGAGCCUCUGAUGCCUCUCUGACAGCAGGUGGUCUGAGACAUUUAGAGACAACUGGAAAAAUGUAAAUAAAGUUCAUGGAAGUAUGAAAUAAAACACAUUUUAAAAGCACAUUGAGCUGCUGUUAUUUAAUUAAAAAUCUGAUAUAUUCCAUUGAUUUAAAUAUUUCCUUGUGGUAUUGGAGGUCCUUCAGCCCCUGAAGGUCUCUGCCAGACCCAGUACAAUCCAUGAGAUUAAUUCCCCCUCCUCUUCUCUCUCACAUGUCCAUUUCCUCUCCCUUGAUGAUCCUACCAUGAACCAAUUUACUGAUGAAACGGGAGGAUGCUUUCCGGACGUGAGGGGGAAUGGAAGUGGUCACAGACCAAGCGGAGGCCAGGAUUGAACUUGCGUCAGCGACUCCAUCUGUGGUGCCUCAGUGUAGCAGAGGUUAUAGUUCUACAGUAGAACUAUACUAGAGCAUCAGCCCAUGUGUUUACACAUCCCCAAUGUGGGACUUGAUUCCUAACUCUGCAGUUUGAAGAGGUUGUGCUAUGAAUAGAUCCAUGAUAAAUAAAGCAAUAACCUUCCCUUUCAAAUAAAGUCUAAUGACCCCAUUCAAACAAUGGCAGUCGUAAAACUGGCACAGAGUGUAUCCUUUGGCUCAGCAUCUACCGCUUGCUCCAUCCCAGAGUCAUUGGAGAGUGAGGGAUGGAGCAAAGAGUUAGAUGUGCAAUAACUCCAGUGCAUUCCCAAAUUCCAAGUAGGAGCACUCAGGAAUAAUAGCAAAUAAUAAUAACAGCUUAUUUAUACAGUACUUUUCAUACAAAGGAUGUAGUUGAGUGCUUUACAGUGGGGUAAAGUACAAACAUGAAAAUAAAAGGUAAGUUGUUGGUUAAAAGCUAGUUAGUUAAAUAAAUGGGCUUUGAGCAGUUUUUUUUUUAAGAGUCUACAUCCCUUAUAGUUUGAGGUGUUGAAUUCCACAGUUUAGGAGGGUAGUUCUACACAGCUGACCUGCCAAUUAUUUUUUAAACCUAAGAGACAGGCAGAAGAAGACCUAGUUGCUCAAGCAGGAUUACAAAGCAAAAAUGGUUCUGCGAUAGACUCUGGUCCCGGACCAUUAAGAGCUUAAAAAACAAGAGAACUUUAAAAUCAAUUCCAAAAGAUAUAGGAAGCUGAUGCUGACUAGCUAGGACUUUGAGAGAACUGCCAGCCAUCUAGGAGCACAUUCUAGCCGAAUAAAAGCAGAGUAAUACAGUAGGAAAGCAACACACACAAACUCAUUUGUAAGAAGAAAAUAUUUUAAAGCAUACUUUUGUUCAGCCCAUGUUAAAGUACGAGUUAAAAUAUUUAUUUAAGAAACGACACAUCUCAGGAUUUGAAUUCCUUUGAAAUCCCACUUUAAAUGUAAUAAUUUGAGCAUUCACUUUGCUGUCAUCUUGUAAGUGGUCGGAUUUGUAAUGUGCAAUAAAAGCUCUGCUUAACGG